CGCGGGGCGCCCUCUGCACUGACGCCAAAUAAACACCGGUUAGCGGCUAGUGCUCCCAUAUCCCAGGCCCCAGCCCGCCAUAAUUUUCUUUUUGGCUUUGCUAACGGCGGCUGUAAACAAUUCUAGUUGUCUUUGGUGGUGUAAAUAAUAUAAUCUUAAAAUGUCUGAUGAUGGAUCCACUGUGGUAGAGAAGAAAGGACGCGGUAGACCUAAGUCUAAUGGUACACAAUCGGAAACUAAAGGAGAUUCUAAGAAGAGAGGUAGACCUCCAGCGGCUGCAGCUAAGACUAAGGAGUCCAAGAAUUCAUCUGAUGAUGAACAGGCACCGGCCGUUAAAAGAGGAAGGGGCAGACCUAAGGGUUCCAAGAAAAAGAUGGCAGCUUCUAAAGCAAAGAGUGCUUCUGGUGAAGGACGAGGUCGCGGCAGACCACGUAAGGAUGUAGCUCCACCCAAGAAAGAUGCAGCAACAUCUGAAGAAGACCAAGAAGAUGAAGAAGAGGAAGAGGGCUCUGACCAGUAAACUUGAUUGUUCAUCAACAACUCGCUCUUAGUGUAAUUUGUUUCUCAUUAUAACCCCCCUCUGUGCAUCUUAAUUUCUGGUGUUAUUGACAUCCUGUGUGAUGUUAUUUAGCUUUUGCUAUCUUGUGGGGGUUAUCAUGACAACACAAGUCUUAAGAUUUCUCCCAAACUUUAUUCAUGUGAGGAUAUUUAAAGAAAUUAUUAUUAGCAGAUUUAAGAAGUCCUUUUUGUGAUUAUAUUGCAUUUACUUGAACUAUUUUACACAAUAGAACUGUCUUGCAUGGCUAAAUUUUGGGUUGAUUUAGCUCUCCCUAGAAACGUACAACUUUAAGAUAUAAUUUGUAAGAUCCUUUUUUUGUAGAUGUAUUCUAUUUCUAUUAUUAUAGGUAUUUUGUAAUCAUCUGAUUUAUAUUGUAAGAAUCAAUACAAUUUUGUAGAUUUAUUCCUUUUGACUCAAAAGUCAAGUAUUAUUUUCUUUAAUUAAAUAAAUAUUUCAUUAUAA